UGAAGAAGAAACCGCUUCAAACCUGACGUCACUAUUUAAAAGUUGCCGAUCGUUCACAGAAAUGUCUGCUAUGAAUUGGAGUUAUUCUUCAAAAUCCAGUAGCAAUUUUACUCUUUUUUUUUUUUUUAUAAGCGAAGGGUAUUGCUGUCGAGGGAUGCAGGAAAGCAGAUCAACUCGUUGUUGGCUUGCUAGCUACUGGUAGCAUGUUAGCUGCUAGUCAUACACAUUAACUAAGUGACUUAUUUCUGGACAACCAGCCCGCUAAUGUCAGUGAGAAGGGCUCUGGUGGACUGUGCUGUGCUUUCUCUUCAGGACUCGUGUGUGUUAUACCCCUGUUGUAGAGGAUGCUUCUCCAGGAUGCGACAGACAGACAAGGACAGAUGGCACUGCUCCAGGUGUUGCUACAGCUGUCUGGAACAACAGCUGGACUACAGGUACCGUCUCUCUCUAAGGGUAACCAGAGACCACACCAUAUUUGGGGUGACUGUGUUCGGGAGCUGUCUCAACCCCCUCUUCGGAGCCCCUGCCACCCACCUUCACAGGCUGGUGGAGGAGUCUUCAGGUCCAAUGGGAGGUGGAGGUCAGAGGUCAGGAUGUCGGAGCAGGCUGCUGGUUAAGGCCGUGGAGGACUGUUUCAUUGGAAGACAUUUUGUUUUUGGGAUCAAGAUAUCUGGCCCCCUCCCCUACAGGAGAGAGUCAGGCCAGUUCAUCGCCUGUCAGAUCUCUCUGCCCCUGGACUCUGCUCCAGGCUGCUCUGUGGUCAGUUACUACAGAACCCUCCUACAGCAAGCUGCUCUCUGCGCUGACUGGGCAACAGCUCCCCAGCCCAGCGCUGACACCAGUACAGCUCCUCUCCUGCUCCACCCCUCUCCUCUCUGCAGCUUCAACUCUACACUGCCCUCCUGUGGCCGGUCCCUGUCACUGCAUCGCACCUUAACCCUCACCCCAACCUCGACCUUCAUACACACAGCACACUGGCAACAGUCUCCGGGGGUGAUCACGUCGUCUGCAGAACAGGAGGAAGAGGAGGGGUGUAGCUCUGAGGGUGGGGGGGAGGUCACAGGGAGACAGAGAGCCCCUACUGUGUCUCGGUGGCUGACUGUCUGUGAGGAGGGAGAGAGAGAGGAGGAAGUCUCCACCUCGCCCCACGGACCGAGCCAGGGGGAGGGAGGACACAGUAGGAACAGCAGCCAGGGGGAGGGAGGACACAGUAGGAACAGCAGGCAGGGGGACCUGAGGAAGAUGGGUGUUUCAGACACGGAGGAGGAGUGCAGGUCAGAGUGUGAACAGACCUGUCUAUCGGACUGUGUGGCCUGGGAAGACCUGCCCUUCUCUGAGUGUCUGGGGGAGUUUGUCUGGGAUCCUGCAGACACCGAGACACGGACACCAACUGACCAUCAGGCCCAGACCAGCCCUGUGGGGAGAAACCUGUCCACUGCCCAGAGAGACACAGAGGACUCUCACACACACAUAAAGGACUCUCACACACAGCUAAAGGACUCUCACACCCCAAGAGACCCCGGCAGCCAGAGCCCAGAGACUAUGUACUAG